AUGCGUCGCAGAUCCGUCAAACCCUCCGAGUACCCAGCCCUACCGUUCCACUUCAUUCGCUUCAUCCUCUUUAUCUCCUCCCUCCUUGUCGCCAUUAUCCUCGCCGUCUUUGCAUAUAGAUUGCACCAAGCCGACCAGAAAUUCCCCUGGGCCUUCCUUGUGCUCAUAAUCGCGGCUUUCCUCUCCCUUCUAAACCUCAUCGUCACCACACUCCUCCACUGCUGCCACGGCCUUUCCCCUCGCCUCUCCCUAAUCACAAAUUCCAUCGUCUUCGUCAUCUGGGCCGUCGCGUUCGUCCUCUUCGCCUGGUCCGUCUCACAUACUAUCCUCACAACCUGCAAUGCUACAUACUGGGCGACGUCGACCGGCAUCACGGUCUGCCGCAUUUUCAAGGCCCUUUUCGCAUUCACGAUCAUUGGCGCUGCGUUCCUUAUCGCAUCCAUAGCCCUUGAUGUCAUUGCGUACCGUCGUCAAACAAGACUCGGCGAAUAUGACCCCAUGGCUUUGGGAGUGGAAGGACAUAACCUGGCAGAGUACAAGCCCGGUGCGCAUAAUCGGGAUAGCAGUGCGCUCUCAGGGUCGUUCCCGCAUCCGCCUAUGGGUGCGGGACCGGGACUCGCGGACGAGGAUAGGGCCCCCCUUGUUUCGGGAGGGAGAUAUGAUACGCCGGGGCAUCUAAGGGAUCGCUCUGAGGAAAUGGAUAUCGGGGAUAGUAGGCCGUUGCACCAGCCGCCGCCGUAUGCUAGUAAUACGGCGCUGGAGAGGUAUUCGGAUGCGCCGCCGCAGCCGCAUUCGAGGAUGAGGAUGAGCGCCUAUGAUAAUCCAUAUGGUUAUGGACAGCAGACUGGUUAUGAUCCGACAGCGUAUAGGUAA